CCUCAACAUCCUCUAUGAUAUCUGCUGUAUAUCUCUAAUGAGUCCACCACCAGGAGCAAAUGACUCCAAAACGCCCCCAAUAGUCUCCCUCCUCGCUGGGGGUGUGGCUGGCGGAAUCGAAGCUGCGGCAUCCUAUCCGUUCGAAUUUGCGAAGACUCGAGUCCAGCUUCGUAGCCAGAAAGGUGUCCCCACACCUAAGAAUCCAUUCAUUGUAGUUUCCCAAGUGUAUCGCUCAGAGGGCCUCCGCGCCUUAUAUAAAGGAUGUGGCGCAUUAGUUGUGGGAUCCAUCGCCAAAGACGGCGUCCGCUUCCUCUUCUUUGACGCCAUCAAAAACUCCUUCGCCGACCCCGUCACCGGCACUACCUCUCCCCUGCGUAAUCUCCUCGGUGGCAUGACCGCCGGCGUCGUCGCCUCCAUCACCGCCGUCACCCCAACUGAGCGCAUCAAAACCGCCCUCAUCGACGACGCCCGCACGGAAAAGCGCUUCCGGGGCGGCUUUCACGCCACUAAGGUCAUCUGGCAAGAAGGCGGCAUCUUGGGCCUAUACCGCGGUUUCGCAGGCACAACGCUCAAGCAAGCAUCUGCCACCGCGUUCCGUAUGGGUACGUACAACAUCCUCAAAGACUUCGAGACAGUUAGGGAUAUUCCGCAGAACACGGCGACGAACUUCGCAAACGGGAGUGUGGCGGGCGUGGUGACGACGUUGUGUACGCAGCCUUUUGAUGUGAUCAAGACGCGGAGCCAAAGCGCGCAUGGGGCGAGCACGAUGGAGGCGGUGAAGAGCGUGUGGUUGGAUUAUGGACUCAAGGGGUUCUGGAGGGGGACGACGAUGAGGUUGGGGCGGACGGUGUUUAGUGGCGGGAUUUUGUUUACGUCUUAUGAGGCUGUGGCCGCGAUUUUGAAUCCGAUGUUUGCGGUGGUGAAGGAGAAGUUGCCGAUAGAUGGAUAGACGGAUAGACGGAUAGUUUUCGUUUUGGAGCUUGACUGCUAAGUCAUGGUUUCCGGAUGUUCAGGUACCAAGAUAUAACAUAUGCCCCUGGAUAAUAUACCGUGAGGAGACAAGUAACCGUUGCGAAUCCG